AGUUUCAUUCACUCACUCACUCAAUUUCGCGCUCCCAAAAAGCUCAAUCAUCUUCUUUCCUCCCUCUUACUAAACCCUAUAUAGCCAAAAUGCAAAAUCUUUAGGGUUAACUUCCACUGUUUUCGAAACCUAAAGAAACAGAUGCAGUUAGGGUUUUUGGGAGGUUUAUCUUUCUCUUACUCCCUCUACUUCACUUCUUUCACGCCAUUAAAAGCACCCACAAAAAUGGCUGCUUCCACUGCUUUCUCGCUUUGUCCGUACAGCUUCUCUUGCCGGCCAAGCCCUAGAAACCGUUACAUUUCUUGCUCCGUCGGCUCUCCUACUCCUAUAGGCACACAAAGAACUAACGUACCUCGUAAAAAUUCGGGAAGAAUGGAUGGGGCUAGAAAGAGUAUGGAAGACUCUGUCCAACGCAAGAUGGAGCAGUUUUAUGAAGGGACUGCUGGGCCGCCACUUCGGGUCCUUCCAAUUGGUGGCUUAGGUGAAAUCGGGAUGAAUUGCAUGCUUGUUGGGCAUUAUGAUCGCUAUAUUCUAAUUGACGCUGGUGUGAUGUUUCCAGACUAUGAUGAGCUUGGAGUCCAAAAGAUUAUACCUGAUACAACAUUUAUUAAGAAAUGGAGCCACAAAAUUGAAGCAGUUGUGAUAACUCAUGGCCAUGAAGAUCACAUUGGUGCGUUGCCUUGGGUUAUCCCAGCAUUGGAUCCCAAUACUCCAAUAUAUGCAUCAUCCUUUACAAUAGAGUUGAUUAAAAAGCGUUUGAAGGAGAAUGGGAUUUUUGUUCCAUCUAGGCUUAAGGUAUUUAAAAUCAGGAAGAGAUUUAUGGCUGGGCCAUUUGAAAUAGAGCCUCUCAGAGUGACCCAUUCUAUUCCUGACUGUUGUGGAUUAGUUCUUCGCUGUGCUGAUGGUACAAUUCUUCACACUGGGGACUGGAAGAUUGAUGAAUCACCAUUGGAUGGAAAAGUUUUUGAUAGGCAGUUUUUAAAGGAACUCUCUAAAGAAGGAGUAACACUGAUGAUGAGCGACUCUACUAAUGUAUUGUCACCUGGAAGGACAAUUAGUGAACGUGCUGUAGCAGAUGCAUUGUUGAGGCAUAUUUCAGAAGCUAAAGGAAGGAUUAUCACUACACAGUUUGCAUCAAACAUACACCGGCUUGGAAGUGUAAAAGCUGCUGCAGAUUUGACUGGUAGAAAGUUGGUAUUUGUUGGCAUGUCAUUGAGGACAUAUCUAGAUGCUGCUUGGAAGGAUGGAAAAGCACCAAUUGAUCCAUCAACUCUGGUGAAAGUGGAAGAUAUUGAUGCCUAUGCUCCAAAGGAUUUGAUAAUUGUCACAACUGGAUCUCAAGCAGAGCCACGUGCUGCCUUGAAUCUUGCAUCGUAUGGAAGUAGUCAUUCCUUCAAACUUAACAAGGAAGAUGUGAUUCUCUACUCAGCUAAGGUAAUCCCUGGUAAUGAAUCUCGGGUAAUGAAGAUGCUAAACCGCAUAUCAGAGAUUGGAUCAACUAUAGUGAUGGGUAAGAAUGAGGGGCUGCAUACUUCUGGUCAUGGCUAUCGUGGAGAACUGGAGGAAGUGCUUAAAAUUGUAAAGCCACAACAUUUUUUACCAAUACAUGGAGAGCUGUUGUUCCUGAAAGAGCAUGAGCUACUUGGGAAAUCGACUGGCAUUCGUCACACCACUGUUAUAAAGAAUGGAGAGAUGCUUGGGGUUUCUCAUUUGAGGAAUAGAAGAGUUCUGUCUAAUGGUUUUAGUUCCCUUGGGAAGGAGAGUUUGCAGCUGAUGUACAGUGAUGGUGAUAAAGCAUUUGGCACAUCAGCCGAACUUUGCAUUGAUGAGAGACUAAGAAUUGCAUCUGAUGGCAUUAUAGUGGUCAGCAUCGAAAUUUUGCGCCCCCAAAAGAUAGAUGGCAUAAUUGAAAAUAGCUUAAAAGGGAAGAUAAGAAUCACAACGCGCUGCUUAUGGCUUGAUAAGGGGAAACUUUUAGAUGCACUCCAUAAAGCUGCACAUGCUGCACUGUCAAGCUGUCCUGUGAAUAGUCCUCUAGCUCACAUGGAAAGAACGGUUUCAGAGGUAUUAAGGAAGAUGGUAAGGAAGUACAGUGGUAAGAGGCCUGAAGUCAUUGCCAUUGCAUUGGAGAACCCAGCAGGCAUUCUAUCUGAUGAGAUAAAUGCAAAGCUAUGUGGCAAUUCGAAUGUUGGUUUCGGGUUACCAACAUUGAGAAAAGUGGUAGAUGGGCAUCCAAAAAGGAGACAACGGAACAAGAUAAAAUCAGAAGAAGAUGACAUUAAUCUGCAUUUGGAGAAUGCCUCAGCACAAAAUUUGAUAGGAUUUCUUCGUGCAGUUGGUAAUAGUGAAGUUGAAAGGCUCUUACCCGAGGAAGACACCACUACUUCAAGUCCUGACCAUGCAGAAAGGCUUGCACCCAAUACUGAGGAUUCUGAUGAAUUCUGGAAAGAAUUCAUCACAUCAUCAUCACCUGUUGAGAAUUUGGAAGAAGAUAACAAUGGCUUGGUACCAAAAGAGGAACAUAAGCCAGAACUUAAGAGUGGUGGCACUGCAAGCGGUGGAGAUGACUCUGAAAUUCCCAGCUCUCAACCAAAGUCAUCAAAGCCUACCAAGCGGAACAAAUGGAAACCUGAGGAGGUUAAGAAGCUAAUAAAAACCCGGGGAAAAUUGCAUAAUAGAUUUCAAGUUGUGAAGGGGAGAAUGGCCCUCUGGGAAGAAGUAUCUGCAAGCUUGUUGGCUGAAGGAAUUAGUCGAAGCCCUGCACAGUGUAAAUCUUUAUGGGCAUCUCUGGUUCAGAAAUAUGAGGAAAGCAAGAGUGAGGAGAAAAGCCAUAAAGUUUGGCCCUAUUUUGAGGACAUGAAUCAAGUUUUAUCUGAUUUUGAGGCAACAGCCACAAAAUGACUAGUUUGGAGGAGCUAAACAUGAAAUGUUCAAAUAUAGCGGAUUCAUAAGGCAAGACAAGUAUUGUUCCAUUGAUUUCAUCAUGUGGAAUUCGAUGGUGCGGUGGGGGGAAUGGAAAAUAAGAAAUGGGGCUAGUUUUGAUACGGUAAUGUGUGCAACUGUUCCCAUAAUCAGAUACGGAAUGGCAAAAUAAUUUUGUAGCAAUAGACCUUCUGUAAAUUGCAAGUUAUAUAGACCAGAAGGGCAUGACAAUGGUGGAAUUUACAGCAAGGGGGUUGUUUUCUUUUCUCCUUUCCUAUAUUUCUUAUUUCCCAUUAUACAUUUGAAAACUUAUUUUUUUACCAUAUUAUGAGUAAAAUUACAAAAGGCUUCAUUCUUUUGCUCAGGUGUUCUACUUCUGCAUUUUUUUUUCCCCUUUUCAAUGGUAAGAGUAGGUUUUCACUUUCUCUAAAUGUAAAAAGCUUACAGUUAACAGCAAAAACAAUGCAUUUGUCUUAUGUGUAGGAUUCAGGAAUCCUUUGAACCUCAGCCUGCUUCCUUCCUAUAUCCUUUGAUGAUGCAAUGUUACUUUAAACUUUCUCUUUUUGCCCGUUUCCUUUGGUCUUUCCUUGCCCUAUAACACAUCUCAUUUAUUGUUUAAUAGAGUUUUAGGGUCUAGGGUUUGACAAAGUUUUAGGGCUGAGGGUUGGCUAUUCAUCAAUAGGCUAGAAUGAAAUUUUCUGUAAUAGAGAUGAUGCGUUAGAGCGUGUUUGGCAUGUAUAGCAACAAAAUGUCAACAAGCUCAUUGAUUGUACCUUCUUUUUUGUUAGGAAUAAAUCCACACGACUUAGGCAGACCAAACGCCUAACUUUUUCGGUAAAAAAUCCGCA